CGCCACUUCCCCCGCCGCAGACAUCGUGGAGGCCGCCACCGCAGCCUCGCCACGCACGGCCCGGCGCCUCCAACCUCGCGCGGGUUAAAGUAGCGAACGAAACGAACUCGCGCGAAUCACCCCCCUCUUCCACAGGCGACAACACACGCGACUGAAAGCCGAGGCGAGUCUACGGCGAUGGCUCUGCUGCUGAAGGGAGUGUGCGUGGCGGCUCCGGUCGCGUACGCCGCGCGGCGCCUGUGGUCGCGCCCGGCUGAAGCGGAGCCCGCGGCGCCGCCGCCGGGCCCCGGGGGCGAGAGCGGUGGGGAGCGCGCCCUCAUCUCGCUCGUGCAGGUCGUGUUCCGCCACGGGGCGCGGACACCGCUGAGCCGCGUCUCCCACCUGCCCGAGGUCGACUGGCCACCGUCCAUGCUGGAGGCCCCACCGAACACGCUCUUCCAGUACGAGGUGACGGACCUCAAUGGGGGCAAGCAGCCUUCAUCCCCCCUGGAGGACUCGUACCAGGAAAACCCUCUGCCGGGCGGGUGUGCGCGAGGCCAGCUGUCCUCGGUGGGCAUGCAGCAGUUGUACGAGCUCGGCGUACAUCUGAGGGAGACGUACAUCAACGGGUGUGCUCUGGUGUCGCACACCUACACACCCAGCCAGGUUUAUGUGCGCUCCACCAAUACGGCUCGUACAAUUGAGUCUGCACGGUGCCUCCUGGCCGGCCUCUUCCAACAGUCGCAGCUCGAACCGGCUCGGAUCCACGUGUCGCACUCUCUGGCGGAAAUCCUCUACCCCAACAUGCACGGCUGUCCGCGCCUCGGGGCCAUAUACCAGCAGGGCUGGAAAAAGUGCCCCGAAUGGAAGUUGCUGGAGGAGCUGCUGCCACCUCCCAGUCCUCACGCCGCCCCAGAGUCUCCUUCCAACUUCGUCGCCAUUAGGGACGUCAUCGUCGCCAGGGAGGCCCAUGGUAUGCUGGUCCCAAAGGAGCUGUUAAGGCACAGACAUGUGAUUGACACCGGAGCAGUGACCACCAUAUUGAACAUCCUGAAGACCUCUCAAAGAGAUGGCCUACAGCUCUGCAUUGGACGUCUCCUUGACACGCUCCUCUCCAACAUCGACAAGUAUAUGUGUGGGAAAAUGAAGGAGAACCUGGUGUUGUUUUCGGCACACGAUACGACGCUGCUGCCGCUGCUGGUCGGCUUGCGUGUGUUCGACGGGCGGUGGCCACCGUUCGCGUCGCACGUUGCCAUUGAGCUGCACGUGGAGCCGGUCUCCCGCCGCGCGUUUGUCCGCCUCGUGUACAACGGCAAGGAGCACCGCAUGCCGCAGUGCAGCGCCACCCUGUGUCCUCUGGAGGAGUUCCGCGCGGCUGUCGCUGACUUGGCUCUUUCGGCCGAGGAGUUAAAGCACAUCUGUGACUUGGAUUACAAGCCCACAUCUCCUCCUCAGUCGCCACAGUCCACGUCUUCAGCACCGCCAACCACACCAUCACAAUAAUCACAAACCCAGUCAACACUGUUAACAUCAGCUCUGUCGACACUAACGCAUGACUCGGCAACACAGUAUAAUUUCCAUCGCAAGCGCCAUCAAUAUAGCCAUGAGCAUGGUGCAAAAACAGCAUCAUGAAUAUUAGAUCAUCAACACCACCACAAACAACUUUGCUUGUGUGCUAGCCAGAUUGGGACGUCAGCCCCACAUUUUCCAAACCCAUACAAAAAUUAUUCAAAUACGGCAAUUUACAGCUUCCGUCGUCAACGUGCUUAGCAACGAUCACCCUAAGUUCCUAUGUUCAUCCUAAGUGUGAAGAGAAAACACAUUUUAUCCUGAACAUCGACGAGACAGCCUCUGUUCAAGCCAGAUUAUUCCCGGAGGCUGAGGACUCGUGUCGUAGGCUGAACAUGGAUCCUCAGGGAGAAAUCGACUGUAGCGUCUUGUUUAUUAUUGUUUAGCUUGUGUCCUUCCCCCGUGCCUCCAAUUAGCAGCCGGGUUGGUUACGUAUAGUGCGAAAUAAGUUCAACAUACGUACAUUAUCUCCUAACAAAAUAAGUACCAUAUUCUGAGUUAAAGAAUCUCCGCAAAGUGUAGGACGCACCCCAAAUUGUAAGUUGUACAAAUCUGGUCUCAGGUGCGCCUAUCACGUAAGACGACUUUUGCUUUAAAAGUCUUGGUUAAACGCGUCUUGUAACCUGGAGACUUUUGUACUUGCCGUUGCUCAAGAGCACAUGGCAGCAUGGUAUUCGCAUUCUAUUUAAUGAAUGAACAUUUUAAAACCUACUUUAAGUGCUGAUCUCUCAGUUGAGUAGGUAGAUAUGUGCAGUAGGUUUGUUUCUGCACAUGGCUUUACAUGUGUUUUGGUUUGGCUUCUGCGCUUAUAUGGUCUCCACCAUACAAGCUACAUUUCCCACGUGGAUGCAUUGCGAUUGGAAGAGGAACGAACAUGAUGUGCAGUGUCCCUGUCAAUUAUAUGAGGAGAAGAAGAAAGUAAUCAAAUGAAUUGGAGGUUGAAACAAACAUGAACAUAUUUUAAUUAAAUAUAUGAAAAGGUAUGUCCACUGUAGUGAGACAGGUGUAGAUACUUUAUGCAGUCAUGUUUUCAAUCUCCAAUCCCCCAGGAAAAUGUUUUUAUGUAGAUUAGUGAUUUAAGUGAUAUUUUUAAGUCUUUAAUUUCAUCUUCACCAAAAUGUUAUUUACAGCUUGUGGCAUUGACAGAGAAUAAGCGAUAAAAAGAAGUAGAAGCGAUGUUCAUCUCCACUGAAGACACCAAAUGCCACAAUAUUGAUAACAUUUAAUCAUGCUUUAUUGAGGAAUUUAAGUUAAACAAUUAGCCUUAGGAAACGUGUGUGCAGACUAAUCCAGUUUUGUGCUUCGUUGCAGCAUUCACUCGCCCUGAAUAUAAAGGUGCAGCCCUGAAAUUCCCGUUCACGACACAGCUGGUGAAAUGGUUUCCAGUUAGGGCAGUUGAAUGCAACCAAUGCAAGAGGGCAGUAGACGCUGCAUGGAUUGCAGCAACACCGCUAGGAUGUACAUGGAUGGCGCAUUCGUCGAUGACGCGUUUGAUGGUUUGAAAUUCGCCAAAGUCGCAGGACGGCGAUUCUUUGAUCUUUAAUUUGUAGAAGGUGCACGUGCAUCUCCCAUGUUGCAUUCGAGGGAAGUCCAGUAGAAGGAGCUGUAAAUAGACCCUCUAGGUCAGUGUUCUUCAUUAGUUUUCAGAGGAGAGGGGGGGGUACUUUCGCCAAUAAGACAAGUGUGAGGACUGCGACACAUUUGAAACCAUUGGCUUAGACCGCAUGGUGGGGUGUUUUCACAUUUGUAAUGUUGGGGGCCGCACGUUAGGUGCCGCACUACAGGCCACCAGGGUCCGCCAAUGGCCCGCGUACCUUGCAAUGAAGAACACUGCGCUCGAUGGCAUUUUGGCCAACGCUUCCAUGGCCAAAUGUCUUUGAAGAGGUGGGAGCACCCACACGUUCCCCUAUUUCCUGUGACCUGCCACUUGUGUACCCAUUUACUGCUGGGUGGACAGGGAUACUUAAAAAAAAGCUUUUUUUUUCCCUUUACUGCUGCACCGGUAGAUAGAACCAGCGACCUCUGGAUAGCAAUUCCAGUGUGCGAUAAAUGACACCAUGGCAACACCGAUAGGCUUUAAUUUUAGUGCUUCUGUUAUUGCUCAACAGCAAAGAGGGUGCUCGUGAGAUGCUGCUCUGCAACGGCCACGAAACAGUGAUACUGCUUAUGGCGACAUGGCAUUAGCUAGACAUGUGAUGACAUAAUCCUUGUAACAUUCCUAGGAUUAAUUUUCUUCAUUAUUGUUUACAAGUUGAAAUUUACAUUGUUUUAAUUUACCCAGGUUUUUAAGCUUUCUAUUGUGAACAGAAAUGAGUUUGCACAUGACAGUUGUACAUGACAGUUUGAUUAUGGUGUGUCAUUUACAUGGCACGCCGACUUCUGCCAAACCGAAGCUGAAAUUACGUGCGAUUCUUACGACUUUGAAAUUGUGCAUUAAAGUCAAAACCAUUUUACAUUAUAAAAGGUCUCCAAAAAUACAAGUUUACCAGGUUUCUCUGUUAGUAUUGACACAUCAAUGGGCUCCUGCGUGUUUGUAUCAUAGUAAUUCUCAAUAUAAUCGCAAUCAACAAUGCAUUCUAAUGUUUACUGGACUGUUUACCAUUCACGAGACACUUUUUUGUAAACAUGCAGCUAAUUGUAAAAUAUUAAAAAAUAAAUUAAUGACGUUUUGGGCAAUGGGCUUGUCCACAUCCCCCCCCCCCCCAUGCGUUUUAAAGCAAGGAUUUAAAUCUGAUACAUUGUAAGAUAUUUUCAAAUUACAUUGAGGUGGAUAUUUGGCUCAAAAAGCGUACGUUAAUGUGCAUGUCACAGCCUAUUCCACUGAAUGUGGUUUGGAAUCCUGGUGUUGAGAAACAUUUUUGUAAUGCACACAAAAACAAUUAAUGAAUUCAAAGUUGGUGCUUAUCUGCGUUGGCAGUUCUGAACAAGUGGUACCAUUAUGCAUCACUAUGUUAGAGCUGUGAAUUCAACACUCGUGCUCCGUUUGUUUCAUUCCAGCUCUAAGGGCUUACUAAGUAUGCAUAAAACACUCCACUUGCUCAACUGAAUAAUUGGAGAGUGCCAUUUGUAUUCCUUAAGAAGGCCUCUUGAAUAGUGUAAAGCAAAUUAACUCAUGGUAUGAUGACUGGGGAGGCCUUAUAACAGUGGAUGGAUAAUAGUCGUUGGUAAAUGAUUGUAGUUUUAACUUGGUGGUAUUGGCAUGGGAAGCCUAGCCAGAACAACACGCUCAUUUUAAUCGCAAAUUAAAAUUGUAGCAGUGCACAUGGUACGUGUUUAUCUGUGUACUUUCUGUUUGAGUGCUUUUUAAUUUAAUGGGAUAUUGAUCCAUUGUUUUUGACAUUACAUUUUCAAGAUGUAUAUUUUUUUUAUAACGGGUAGUUUCUUGCAAGAUUCUGUAAUGUUAACACCGAUUAUCUCAUCGCCAUGUCUGGAAAUAUUUAUUUCCGUUUAUUUUGUGGCAAUACUGUAGUUCAAAUGAAUGUGGAUGAAUUACAAUGUUUUAAACAAAUUGGGUGGAAAAAUAUGCCUUUCACAAAGGUGAGAAAAAGAGGUUCGAAUAUAUAUUUUUUGCACUGGUAGCAAAUCUAAAAUGUUUCACAAUGUAACUGAAAUGUUUAAUAAAUCCAUGUCUCCGAGGAGAAUAA